CCCUUAAAUGUGAAGAAAUAAACUGGAGAGGCAUAACACUGUUUGUGCGGCUUCACCUUUUUGGCUAACUAUAUGUGUUACGUUAUGGUAUCGUAUGGUAUGGUAUGCUUUGCUGUGCUGUGUUUUUUUUUUUUCUUUUUUCCUCCACCAACUGCGCUUUAACCACUGAAAGGUUUUUUCCCCUCCGAUAUUCUAAUCGCCGACGAGAUUGCCAGGUUCCCAGUUUGCCUGCCAGGAUAACCCACCAGUGAAUCGCCAGCUCCCCCCUUGUUCCCCCCCGCCUGCCGCUCCCCCAUGGAUACGCUAAUCGGCCUGAAGGGCAAAAACUUCAUCAUCCUCGCGGUAGAUACGUACAGCGUCAACUCAAUUAUUAAGCUAAAAAAUGACGACAAAACCAAAUUUUACGACAUUAACGGAAACAAGUGCCUUCUCCUGGGGGGAUCCAUCGGGGAUAGAAUUCAGUUUGGUGAAUUCAUAAGGAAGAAUGUGCACCUGUACCAGUACCAGAACUCCACCGAUUUGUUCGUGAAAUCGUUUGCCUUUUUCACGCGCAAAAAUUUGGCCUACUAUUUGAGGAGAAACCCCUACGAGGUCAACUGCCUCAUCGCUGGAUAUGACAACAAGGACGGCUACCAACUCUACUGGUGCGACUACCUUAGCAACAUGGACGCGGUGAACAAAGGCGCGCACGGCUACGGUGCAUACCUGGUGAACGGUAUCCUAGAUAAGUACUACCAUGAAAAUAUGAAUUUGGAGGAGGCCCUGCUCAUUUUUAAAAAGUGCUUUGAAGAAUUGAAGAAGAGAUUCCUCCUCACGCAGAUAAAUUACGAGCUGCGAAUUAUGGCAGAUAACAAGAUAGAGGCUCAGUACGUGACCAUUUGAGGUGCCUCCCCGGUGGGCCAUUUCCGCGUUCCCCCGCGCUGCCCCAUUUUUUACGUGCCACGUGUGGGUACAUGUGUGUAAAUAUGUGUAAAUAUGUGUACAUAUGUAUGUUUACAUAUAUAUGUACGCGCGUACAUAGGUAGGCUUCUUUUUUGCGCCUCCCCCAGCAGCAUUCACACGCAUGUGGCAUGCCCCCUUAUGCGGAGCAAAUUUGCCACCACCCGUUUGCACACAUGCAAAGGGGGGUUACCCUAAAAAAGCGCACACUGAGUGCCUUCCUUUUUUCCUUUACUACAUUUUAAAUGUUGCCAAGUUUUGCACAAAUGGGAAACUUUUCACGAAGGAAUAUUUUCGAUCAGCUUAACUGAUCAUUAAGCGGAAUUUACUUUCAC